AUGGGUAACGGAGCAAAAGCCCAGCAAAAGCGCGACCGCAAAGGCGACUCGGGCCCCAAAGAAGCAAAAUCCCAACUCAAAGCCAACGCAGCGGCCCAAACUAUCAAAUGCAAAACCUGCUUCCAAACCUUCCAAGGCACCACGAGCCGCAAGAUGCUGGGCGACCAUGCGAGCAACAAGCAUAGCAAGGACUUCUCCGACUGCUUUAAUGAGGGGGAAGGGGUGUCGAAAUAA